GUGUGGAUUAAUAUGUUCAGAAUUGGACAGAAUGAAUAAAAACAGAGUGACAGGAGCGUGUGGCCUCAGUUCACCCUAAAUUAAUUAAAAGGCAUCAUUAAUCGAUAGACGAUGCUGGUGUUCAGCUAGCGCCGUGCACUGCAUUUGCGCUCUCUGUUCGACUGUCACCACCGCUCUCAGGCUCUGCUCGUCCCGAAGAAAUGGCAACAACAGUGAAACUGAACACCGGUGCACAAAUGCCCAUUGUUGGACUGGGGACGUGGAAGUCUCCCCCAGGAAAGGUUACAGAGGCAGUGAAAGCAGCCAUUUCAGCGGGAUACAGGCACAUCGAUGGGGCGUAUGUCUACCAGAACGAGGCAGAGGUGGGAGAGGGUAUUCACACCAUGAUCAAGGAUGGAGUGGUCAAGAGGGAGGAUCUUUUCAUUGUUAGCAAGCUGUGGUGCACUUUCCAUGAGAAGUCAAUGGUGAGGCAAGGCUGUGAGAAGACUCUCAGUGAUCUCAAACUGGACUACCUAGACCUCUAUCUAGUGCACUGGCCCAUGGGUUUCAAGGCUGGCAGUGAGCUAUUUCCUUUGGACAGCGCAGGAGAGACGAUCAAUGAUAAUACUCACUUCCUGGAGACAUGGGAGGGGAUGGAGGAGCUGAUGGACGCCGGUUUGGUGAAAACUAUUGGUGUUUCCAACUUCAACAAGGAGCAGAUUGAAGCCAUUCUGAAAAAGCCAGGCCUCAAAUACAAGCCUGCUGUCAACCAGGUGGAAUGCCACCCGUACCUGACUCAGGACAAGCUGAUCAACUACUGCCACUCUCAGGGCAUCGCAGUGACAGCUUACAGCCCCCUUGGGUCCCCUGACAGACCUUGGGCUAAACCAGAAGACCCUUCACUGUUGGAGGAUCCCAACAUUAAGGCUAUUGCUGAGAAACACAAGAAGACACCUGCUCAGGUCCUGAUCCGCUUCCACAUUCAGAGGAACGUGAUCGUAAUUCCCAAGUCGAUCACACCUCACCGCAUUCAGGAGAAUUUCCAGGUGUUCGACUUUGAACUAACUGAGGGGGAAAUGAAGACUAUACUAGGAUUCAACAGGAACUGGAGAGUCUGUCCCAUGCAAUGGAGCACAAAGCACAAGGACUAUCCAUUUAACGCUGAAUUCUGAAAUGAAAAAUGCUGAUUUUCCACAGGAUUACAGUGGUUGCUGUGGUUUGCUUCGCUCUAUACUGCUUGGUUCCUAUUCUUUAGAGCAGGUGGCCUUGCAUCUGUUUUUCAUUAUUAUGGUACAUUUCUCAGAAGAAAUGCCCACUUCUUUUGUUUACCCACUUCAUCUCGUUACAGUUUUACACACACUCCAAAGUUGAAAAAGCUCCAAAAUAAAUCAAUAGAAAUUAAUACUGUGGUAUCAGUUUUGCAUUUGUACAAUCGAGACUCUUCACUUGAACACAUGUGAGCACAAGAAUGUAUUUGUUUUCUGUGUGUAGCAAAUUCUACUGUUAAAGUUUGUUGUCAAUGUGGUGUGUUGAGUUACUGAAGAACAAAAAUGCGUGCCAUAUAAUGUACAGAUUUCAGAUACAACUCUGAGUUAGUUCUGGAAAUAGAAUAUUGUUUUGUUUUAUUUGAAGUUUUACAUGUUUGUAGUGUCAAAUGUAAGAAAACAAUCUAACAAAUAAUACUCAUAGCUAAACCACAAGUGAAAAUCAGUAUUUUAAUCAAAACACGUUUUUAUAGCACAAAUAUGAUACUUCAAAAACAUUCUCAUUUAUAAACCUGUCGUUCUCCAAAUUUCUCUUUCAUAACAGUAUUUUUCCUGUUUGACUGCCAAGAAUAAUUCCUGUCACAGCACUAUUAUCUUGACUUGCCUCAGGAUGAUGAAGCACUUCUCGUUAUUAUGAGUCAUAUAUGGCUCUUCAUGUGGAAUCAUGUGUAUUAAGCCUGUUGCGGAAUAGCUGCUUUCACUUCCCAUAUGAACUGUUUGUAAAGCAUUGCAAUCCUGUCCUGUGGAACAAAAUAAACUGAAGAGACUACUCAGAAA